AUGAAGUUAGCAAAUUUGACCAACGAAAGUUUCUACAAGGAAGUGGAAAACGAAAUGAUUACAUAUGAAUAUUUGCAAAUGAUUCGAGAUUUUGCACGACACUUUAUUCCGGGUUUCUGUGUUUGCGGUAUAUUUUCCAAUUCGAUGGCACUCGUACUUUUACGGACAGAUUAUUUGUUGAAACGGUUAGCAUCAAAUUUGUAUCUGCUUAUGCUGUCGCUUAGCGGCUGUUUAUUUUUGUCAACGGUGUUUAUCUGUUGGGUGGAUUCGGUGUUAAUCGAGUUACCGUUGUAUCGAAAUUCAGAAUUUGGUUGUCGUUUCUUGACCUUUGUUGCACAUAUGAGUGAUUUUAAUUGUGUUUACAUGAUCUCAUGGGUAUCAUGUGACAGAGCUGCGGUGCUGUUUCGUCCACGUUGGUUUCUUUUGCACUUUCACUUAACAUUUGCUUUAAUAUAG